UUGCCUAACUCUCAUUAGCGCUCACAGAAAGUUCAUAACACACAUGCCAUGCAUGUGAAGGAAGCCAACACAACCUGAAUGUGCUGAUCUGUUGUAGUAUUCUUCUCCCUUUACCUCUGAGCAGCCUUGAGGAGAGACACCACGCCUGGAGGAGAAAUAAAGAGAGAAAGAGAGAGAAUAACAGAGUGAGGGAGGGAGACUUGAGCUGGUGACAGAGCUUGCAGGCUCCAGUCGUGCCUCUCAUCUGUCUGCUACUGCUGCUGCGUUGCAGUCAGAGUCAGAGCCAGGGGCUGAGCUGAGCUGGUGUUUUUCUCAGUGAUCGACAGACAGAGCAGUGAGCUGUAAGCUGUGAACAGUACUGUACCUCUGCCACACCACUGCCAUGACAACACUGUGAGUGAAAAGAGAGAGUUCCUCCUGUCCACCACCUCUCUAAAGCUACAGCUGCGGAACCCUGCAGCCACAGACAGAUAAUUACAGAGUAAGACCUGUGUCUACUCUAAGUGUCCCAGUGAGGAGCAUGUGGUGAGGGCCAUGUCUCUGGAGAUGGAGAAGAGUGUCACUAAGUUGAUGUAUGACUUCCAGGGGAACUCUACCUCUGACGACGACUCAGGCUGCGCACUGGAGGAAUACGCCUGGGUGCCCCCUGGUCUCAGCCCUGAGCAGGUGCAUCAGUACUACGGUUCUCUACCUGAGGACAGGGUGCCGUAUGUGAACAGCCCAGGAGAGAAGCACCGCAUCAAACAGCUAAUUCACCAGCUGCCCCCGCACGACAACGAGGUCCGAUACUGCAACACACUGGACGACGAGGAGAAGAGGGAGCUCAAGCUCUUCAGUAACCAGAGAAAGAGGGACAACCUGGGAAGAGGCAAUGUCCGCCCCUUCCCCUUGUCCAUUAGUGGGGCCAUCUGUGAACAGUGUGGGGGCCAGAUAAAUGGACGAGACAUUGUGGUGUUUGCAUCGCGGGCAGGCCACGGCCUGGUGUGGCACCCUCACUGCUUCGUUUGCUGCAUGUGUGAGGAGCUCCUGGUGGACCUCAUCUACUUCCACCAAGAAGGGAAGAUCUACUGCGGCCGGCACCACGCAGAGAGGCUCAAACCCCGCUGCUGUGCCUGUGAUGAGAUUAUCUUUGCUGAUGAGUGUACGGAGGCGGAGGGCAGGCAUUGGCACAUGAAACACUUCUGCUGCUAUGAGUGUGAGGCUCCGCUGGGCGGCCAGCGUUACAUCAUGAAGGAUGGACACCCACACUGUUGCAACUGCUUUGAGUCCCUCUACGCAGAGUACUGUGACGCCUGCGGUGAACACAUAGGCAUUGACCAGGGCCAAAUGACAUAUGACGGGCAGCACUGGCAUGCCACAGAGGAGUGUUUCUGCUGUGCCCGCUGUAAGCGCUCCCUCCUGGGGCGCCCCUUUCUGCCCAAACAGGGACAGAUCUACUGCUCACGCUCCUGCAGCGCCGGACAGGACCCAGAUGAAUCUGACUCCUCGGACUCGGCCUUCCAGAGUGCCCGAUCCCGUGAGUCCCGCCACAGCACCAAGAUCAUAAAACAGGAUCACCGAAAUACCGAGAAGGAGCGUCGCCAGCCAGCGCCCAUGCCUGACCGUCUGUCUGUCGAGGUGGACCCCCUGUCUAUCCAUAUGGACCGUCUGAGCCUUGGCUCCAUCCAGACACCCAGCCGAACCCCCAGUCGCACCCCAAGCCGCACCCCUAGUCUCAACCAGGUGUGGAUGAGCCGGGACGAACCUUACCCCCCAGCAUACGAGGCAGCCUAUGAGGGCUCCCCGCGGGACCCCUCUCCAACCCCCACGCCCCUGCUCCUGGGCCCGUGUAACCCCAGGCAGGGCUACAGCCCCAGUCCCAAACUCCACCCCCCAGCCCAGAGCUCUGGCAACCCAGGGAAGAGGCCUGAGUCCUGGGUUAAAGAGCAGGGCAACACCAAGCGGACGCCCAUGGCGGCAUUGAGGGGCCAAUCCUUCCAGGAUAACUGGAUCCACCACAGCCAGGACGAGUUCCGGCCACCCAAGCUGAGGACCCAGAUGAGUUUUAACGAGGUGCCCAGCCAAGGCCAGGGCUUCUCAGACAAGAGGAGCAUCAGCAUGCAUGGCUUCCAGAGGGACAGCAGGCCCCCCCUGACCAGGAACGCCAUGAGCAACGGCAUUAGCUUCACAGAGCCCCUCACCCCUCUGGAACAAACCCCCCGAGGAUCCAUGGAGUCUCUGGCCCUGUCCAACGCUACAGGUAACUCUCUGGAUGGAGUCAAUAAGCGUCAGGAGCACCUGUCCAGGUUCUCCAUGCCAGACCUUAGUAAGGAUUCUGGGAUGAAUGUGUCUGAGAAGAGCAACAUGGGAACACUGGGUUCCCCUGUCCAGUUCCGCAGCUCUGAGUCCCUGACCUCCUCUCGGCCGUACAGGAACCUGAAUGCGCCCGUGCAGGUGGGGUACCCCCUGGGGUACUGGGACGCCCCCCAGCCUCUGGCCUUUGAGGGUAAAGGUCGUGUGGCCCUGAUGGGGAGUAGUGGCAACCUCCGCAUGCCCCCCAUGAUUGAGAGGACACCUCGUCGUCGGCCCAAUGAGCCAGAGCCCAUACGGCAACAACAACUACCAACGCAACCACGGCGACGGAAACACCGCGGCAACGGUAAUGAUGGAAACGGCAACCACCGCAACAGCGGUCACCACCACCGCCGCUCUCGACGCUCACGCUCUGACAACGCCCUCCACCUGGCUGCCGACCGGGCAAAUCACAUGAUGGAACCACCACACCGUCGCAUUCAGGAGGACUACGACCGUUUCCCCGCCGGCCGCACCGCCCGGGACCUGUUUGGGGUUGGGGGCAUGGGUGGUUACAGACAACAGCCUUAUAGACCCUGCCCUCGCACCACCUCAGAUCUCACCCUGCACAAUGCAGCGGGGGGCCGGGGGAUUCAGCCGCUGGGCCUGGGGGGGCCAUACUGUGGUGGAGAGGGGUACGGGGAGGGGGCAGACCCCUGGUGCUCCAGCUGCUCCUCGUCCUCUGAGUCUGAAGAAGAUGAGGGUUACUUCCUGGGUGAGCCCAUCCCCAGACCUAUCCAGCUACGCUACCUCAACAAUGAGGAGCUGCGCCACAGAUACAGCCCUACAGGAGUGGGAGGGAUGGGAGGCCACCAUGGACCCAUACAUGGACCCCUACAUGGAGGAAACCACGGGCAACUGCACGGACAGCUACAAAUGCGCCAGAGGAGGAAGAGCAAGAACUGCACCAUCUCAUAGAGAGUGAAAGGGAAAAAGAGAGAGAAAGGGAGUGGGAGGGAGACAGAGAAAAAUGAAGUGAGAGGGAGAGU